UUUUUAAAUUUUGAUUAGUCCCACAACAUCUCUUAAGAGUUAAUUCAUACAAAUGACCUUUGUCAUUUGUAACCCACUCGACAAAAACAGAGUCGCCGUCGUAGUAUCAAGAUUAAUACGUAUCGAACACGGACAAUCAGAGCGUCGAGAGAUUAGUCUCAGGGGAUUUGCACUAACUGCAGGGGUUGUUUUCGAAAAGCCACCCGCUGCUCUUGACGCAUACGAAAACACGUAUAAAACGGGGAUGAUCGGUGUUUCGGAUCAGUCCUCAACAUGACUCGUUUCACACUAGUAAACUGUGCGGUGUUAAUUCUAAUAUACCUGGAAUUGGCCUUGUGCUCGCAACCGACAAAUGUCGUCGCCGCUUUGGAUAAGCAACGGGACGACGAAGUCAAAUUGGAUAACUUAUGGUUCGGGCCCAGGCUCGGUCGGAGGAAGAGGAACGACAGUGAGGACCACUACAACUAUCUGAACGCUGAACAGAUCCAGAACAUCUUGGAGGCGAUCGAACAGUCGCCGUACACCAUCGUCAUCCUGAAUCCUACGAAGAGACACACCGUCAACUUCGCCCCGAGGCUGGGAAGGGACUCUGGGGAAGACGACAAUAACGAGUGGGUCCAGGAAAGCGAUUUGCUCGAUAAAAACAUGAACGAGCGAUCGCCACCUUUUGCUCCAAGACUCGGAAAGAGGCUGAUUCCCUUCGCUCAACAUCUGAGCCGUGAAAAAUACAAGUUUUAAUGGGGUUUUCGAAAUUGUUUAUUAGAGGUGGAAAUAAACCUUUGUAUAAAGUAGA